CCUCCGGGGCGCCCGGGGACCCAUCGGGGGUCACCGGGGUGGGUCCUCCGGGGCGACUUGGGGCCCUCCGUGGGUCACCGGUCCCCUGGGCCGCCCGGGGUUCCGCCAGGGCUAACUGAGGUGGGUCCUCUGGGGCGACCGGGGGUCCGCCGAGCGUCACCGGGGUCCAACGGGGCGCCGGGGGACCCAUCGGGGGUCACCGGGGUGGGUCCUCCAGGGCGACCGGGGGUCCACCGGGGGUCA